GCCAAACAGAGAAGAUUGAUCCGCACAAAGCAUUGGUCGAUGACCUGUGCAAGCAAAUUCAAAAAUGGAGGGACGAGGGUUGUGAAGUUUUGCUGGGGAUUGAUGCUAAUGAAGACCUUUCGGUCAACUCCCCGGACUCCAUACGACAGCAUUUUUGUGAGUGCGGAAUGGAGGAAGCGAUUUUGAAACGCCAUCCUCCCACGGCGACCCACCAACGAAAUCAAAGCAACGUUCCCAUUGACGGAAUCUUUACCACUUCAGGUGUUCCGGUUUUGGCUGGUGGCUACUACGCAUUUGGUGAAUUUGUUGAAUCAGACCACAGGGCACUAUGGAUCGAUAUCGGCUUGAACACGGCUUUGGGCAAUUUCACACCCCAGGAGUCUACCUUUAAACCUUGGAAGCUCACCCUUUUGGAUAAGCGGUCGGUCAAACGCUAUCUUCAACUGGUUCACUUGGGAUACGAGGAGUAUGACAUCCCGUCCCGUCUCACCAAGCUCAAUCAGCGCAUUGAAUUUAAUGGACGGCAGAUGUCACCCUCACUGGCACGCAAAUAUAACUGCCUUCACCGGCAGAUGUAUAUGAUACGGCGGCAGGCUGAAGACAAUUGUCGCACUACCUCCUCUGGCAAGGUUCCUUGGUCUCCCAAAUUGCAGGGCUUCUGGGAUUGGUUGAGUCCCUGGAAGCUACUCCUUAGAGGACGCAAGCGAUGUUGUGUGAGCUCCCGAAAGGUCCGGCGCCUGAUGAAGAAGACAAGGCUGUGUACCGUGUGGAAGAAGAGGACUGCUGAACUGGAAGUGGCAUUGGCAGCUGAACGAAGGGCAUACAAGCAAGCCAAACGUCAGGCAAUCCAACUGAGACGGGACUUUCUUACGGUUCAGACAACGGAUGCAAAGAAGAAGAAAUGGAAAUCUCAGAAGGCCCACGAUAGAUUCCUUCGGUUGCGACAAAUGAAGCAACGAGAGGAGGCGAGACGCCGUCGUCGCGCCCAACAAAAAGGAUCUACAGGGGGUUUACGGGCUAUUCAGAUUGAAGAACAAUUACCAGACGGCACUCCGCAGCUGCGUACUAUCACCGACCGUGCUCUGGUUGAAGAAGGUUGUAUGCAAGAAAAUGCGGCACGGUACGACCAGACGCGUGCUCCAUAUACAACUCCACCUAUGGCGGAACCCUUGUAUACAGCAUUCACCGGCGCUCAGGCUGAAUCUAAUUCCAUUGCACUAUUGGAAGGCCGCUACUCCCUGCCCGACCUUCUCGACCCCGCCACUACGGCCUUCCUUUCACAUUGCCGUUUUCACAAGGAUCACUUACCUGUGCACCUUGAGGUGACUACCUCCGAUCAUGUGUACUUCUGGUCCCGAAAUCCGGAGGACAAAGGCUCAGAACCUCACGGCUUGCACAACGGUCACUUCAAGGCAGCGGCCCAGUCACCAGUUAUUGCCUCUUGUGAUGCCCUUUUUCGCAAUAUUCCUUUGGCAACGGGAUUUGUCCCCUCAAAUUGGCGAAACUUGAUGAAUUUUGCAAUUGAGAAAAAGGCAGGCGACUUCCGGCUGUCGAAAAUGCGUACUAUUCAGUUAAUGAAUUCGGAGGCACAGGCCAACAACAAAAAAGCGGGUCAGGCGGCCAUGCGAUAUGCCGAGGAACGCUCCUUGAUUCCGGACGGUCAGUGCGAUUCUCGGAAACGUCACCAGGCCAUUGAUCUGGCCCUGUCCAAACGCCUGGUCUGGAACUUGUUGAUUCUCCAACGACGCGCGGCUGGGUGGAUCUCCAAUGAUGCCAAAUCCUGCUUUGAUUGUAUUGUUCAUUGGGUGGCAAUCAUUGCAAUGCUCCGGUUUGGGCUGACAUGGAGGGUCCUAUCCUCCAUGUUUAACAUGCUGUCAUCAGCGACUCAUCGGGUGCGGAUAGGCUUUGGCGAUUCAGAACGUACUUUCAAGCCGCCUUCUGUUAUCCCCUUCCAAGGCUGUGGUCAGGGCAAUGGGGCUGGACCCCCUAUAUGGAUCUCUGUGAGCUCCGUUCUCAUUACCAUGAUGGAAGCGAUGGGUUACGGCUUUGAGUGCCUCUCAGCACUGGAGUCACAGUUGGUCACAGCCCAAUGCUUCUGCUUUGUUGACGACACCGACGUCAUUGAGGCUGGCAAUACAGUACAUCACUCGGGUGAAGCUAUAUGUGCAUCGGUGCAGGACGCCGCCACUCUGUGGGCUGGGGGAAUCCGUGCCACUGGCGGUGCGAUCAAUCCUGAGAAGUCCUUUUGGUGGCUCAUUGAUUUUGAGUGGGACUCCCGCACAGGCAAAUGGAAAUUCCGUGGGAAAAAAGCAGUCGCCCCCAACUUUGAACUCCAAAUUCAAGGUCUUUCAGGUGCUACUGAAUCCUUGCGUCGCCUUGAACCAGAUGACUUGGAAUGCACUUUGGGAGUUAUGCUUGCUCCCUUGGAAAACCUGGAGGCUCACAAGGCUCAGAUGGUUGCUAAAGCCAAGGAUUGGGCAGAACAGCUUUGA